CGGACUCGCGGUGGGAUGUGCAGGCGGAGCGAGGGGCGCUGGAGUAGACGACGUCGGCUGCUCUUUUCUGCGCUCGCUGCUAUUACCGGAGCGCAUCCAUUAUUGCUACCACCGCACAUGCAGUACAUGGUACCUAUCACUACAGCUUACUGACGACAAGGUUUGAACUUAGCGGGCUAGCUUUGCCUUCAGCCACCGCGCUCGUCUGCUAAUUGCGUGCUUCCUUCUUGGGACUACCGGCUCUGCGACGACGGCGACAGACGCGUCGUGCACCAGCUCUUGUCAAUUUCCUCCUCCUCCGCACCCACGUUCGCGGCGAGACAGUCGCGGCCAAGAGACGGCGGUGGUGGGCGCACGUUGCGGGAAACGGUAUGCAGCCGUUGGCGGCAUCCUAGACACACGCAAGGCCAACUCUCGAGGCGCCGUGCGGUGGCUUGCCAGUGCGGAGUCUUCUUCGGCGCCCGCUGGUGUGAGUGAGCGCUCUGUCUGCUCUGCUGCCGCGUGCUUGCUUGUUGCUUGCUGGCUUGCCUGCUCCCACGUCGUCCACGCCAGCGCGGUGAGUCGUAGCGCGAGUCGGCACCACCAUGGACUCGCGGAAAACGGGGAACGAGUGGGAGGACAUGGACAUGUUCGGCACCACCGCGCCCACCGGCUUCGACACUCCCUCUGGCUUCGAUGCCUUCAACGACUUCACCAACCUCGACGCGCAGUAUGCCGAGUCGCCUAUCGGCCUCGCCCUACGCACCCCGUCCAAGUCGGGCCCCGAUGCCUCCACCUCCGCCGCCGCGCAGCAUGCCAAUGGCGGGGCGGCGCUCGCCAUGACCUCUGCGGAGACCUCGAGCCAGGACUCCUCCUCCGACACGUCGAGCGGGCGCAAGAGGAAGACGGGGCAGUCAGAGUCGCCCGUGUCCAUGGACGACUCGAUGCACCAUCACAUUAAGCAGGAGGACAGCAAGAUGGACAUGCAGCAGGUGCGGAGCUACGAUCACUUCUCCCAGCCCAUGCACAAUCUGUCCCUGGAGCAGCAGCAGAGCCAGAACAACAUGGGUCAGCAGUACUUCAAUAGUGCCGCAUCGAGCCCGGUGCACGCGAGCGACUUCAACUCGGCCAUGUCGCUCGAUGCACAGGUUGCCGGCAACAUGGCUGUCCAGUACCAGCAGGAUUCGCCCGUGCAGACCAUCAACCCUGGUAUGUUCUCCAUCGGCGGCUCGCGAGAUCAAUCUCCUGCCACGAAUCUCAUGUUCAAUCAAGCCUCGCCCACUGCCAUGUUCUCCACGCCCUCGUCGGACAGCCCUGAGGCCUUUGCAAACACCCAGAAUUGGCCGGCAUCACUCGCACAGAACCCACAAUGGCCCGGCGACUUUGCAGGUCAGCUAACAUCACCAGGUGGCAUUGCCUUCACCCCAUCACCUGGCGCGAAUGGGGCAACGCCGGCGAGCACGACGCGGGGUGCCGCUUCCCGCGCUCUGCUGGGCAGGUCACCACUGCACAUUGCCCCCAUCUCGACCAAGUCGCGUGUGGAGACGCAGAUCAACGUGGUGAUGACUUUGGAGAAGCCGCCGCCUGGCAUUGAACAUCUCCACCUCCCGCUUCACACCAUUGCCAAGUCAAAACUAUUAGCAAAGGAGGAAUUUGACCCCACAAAAGUACUCGAGCUCCACACCAUGCUCGUGUGCACUAGUGCAAUGCACAACCCACAGACCAAGGAAAAGGCGCUGAAGCGCGCCGCCGCCCAGAAUAAUGCAGAGAUUCAAAGGCGAGCGGAGCUUGCCCGCGAUGUGCCGCACGACGAGGAUAGGAAUGAUCAAAAGAACUUGCCCGAGGACGAAAGGGUCGUCAAUGGGGGCGAGGUCAAGAUCUGCAACAACUGCAUACAGCGGGAACGGAAGCGUGCAGGUCGCAAGAAGACAAAGCGCGAAGAGGAGCAGCAGCACUGGGAGCGUUUCGAAACGGAACGAGUGGUGGUGUUCAACUCAAACGAAUACCUGCCAUUUAAGCCGUGCGAUCCGUCACAAUACCCGCAGCGAGAUACUAACGCUGAUGGUGAGCAAUACAUGCCUCCCGAUGGGGCCCUGCACGUCACCGCUGCCAUGCGGAUCGCAUGUUACUGUAGGCACCAGAGCGAGAAGGAGGGCUUUCAAGUCAUCUUCACGCUCAAGGACCACCAAGGCAACGUUGUCGCUCAACAGUUAUCCGACUCGAUCCUCAUCACGGACGAUCACAAAACACAUCCGCAGAGUUUCUCGGCCACAGUCGGCAAUGAGGGUUUCUAUCAGAACGCGGCUUUCCUGCCCAAUGGAUUACCGAUGUCGCAUUCGAUGGUGGACAUGUCUGCUCACGUCCAACCAUUUACAUCCUCGCGCUCGGCAGGCAAUCUACCCGCGCUUGCAUACAACGCGCAGUACAACCCACACAGCCAUGUGCACCAACUCCCCGGGUCGGGAUACGCAUCAGGAACGACAUCUGCCACCAUGACGCCGACCAGUCUUUCGAGGCCGGGAUCGCCAACUAAUGCAGGACAAGCAGGUCCCAACAAGAAGCGCAAGUCUUCAUCGUUCCACAGGAAGGUCCCGAGCGGCUUGACGAUGACUCCUCGAGUGGAUACCAGUCAACCACCAUCUUCCAACAUGCCAUCUGCAGUUUCCAUGAACACACCGUUCUCGCCAACAGGGCAGUUCCCAGUGAACCAGUCGUACAUGACCAUCCCGAACAAUAACGGUCCAGCACAAUAUUACAACAGUGGCCCGCCGACUCCAAACGAGAACGCCCCUUUCAACUUCAGCCAGCCACAGGUAGAUAUGUCGCGCAUCCAGCAGAAUCUGAACAACCAGGCCUAUUUCUCUCAUCCAUCAUCGGCCGUGCCCAGCCGUGCAUCGUCCCCCGUAUUACAGCAGACCCGCGCCAAUAUGGCCGCAUAUGCCAGACAACAUCCAAUCCAGACGUCCACCAACACCAUGGGCAAUCGGGCCCAACAGCAGCAGCAAUUUGCAGUUCAAGUACCUCCUGGAUCUGCUGGGCACGAUGGUACAAUGUCGUCUUAUCCUACGAUUGAUCGCAUCACGCCCAACGAAGGGCCGAUGAGUGGGGGUACAGAGGUCGCUAUCUUUGGACACAACUUUGUCAACGGCGUCCAAGUCCAGUUCGGCGACCAGGUGGUUUCUUCGCAGGUCCUGUCUCCGAACUCCAUGAUUACAAUUUCUCCGCCUGGCAGGGUAGGCUCCGUCCAUCUUAACCUCCUGGCACCUCCAGGCGCAGCGCCAUACCCUCAACUCGCGAACCGUCCCAUCUUCAGAUACACCCAGUACAACGAACAAAUGAUGGUCAUGGCGCUCAAGUAUCUCAGUGAGCAGCAAUAUGGACAGACGGACAAUUGGCAAGCGCUGGCGCAGCAGAGCGCGACUCAAUACGUGCAAUCGAAUGUCGUGCGUGGCGGACUGGGACAGCAAGGAACGUAUCGCAUGGCUGCAGAGUAUGGAGAUGUCGAAGGAGCGAUAAUGCAGAUCUCAGGUGCUCUUGAUCAACACCGGCCUGCUUCCACACUUGCUUCCUCUCAUGCAAGCGCAAGCGAUGAUGCCUCCUCGCUCGGCAUCCACCAUGAAGCAGAACGAUUGGUGGGCCGAGGUGCAAGCUUGACCUGUAGCGACAACAACGGCUACGCGCCUUCGCUGCACGCAGCCCUGCAGGGACAUCGCGAGAUCUUCGAACGCCUUGCGGCACCCAACGGGCUUCCAUACCUGCGCGGGCCACACGGAUCCGACAUGCAAGCAACCACACGCACACGGCUCCUACGCUAUACCGAACAUCUGCGCGGCGUCAGACGCUAUUCAGGCUCUUCACGAUCAUCCAUCGACGAUGAGGGGAAGCCUCUAUCGAGAGCGUCAAAGACCGAUGGCAGUAACACGCAUGUUGCUGAAAUGCAGGACAAGGCAGGACAGCAUAUCGCAUUGUCGUCUUCAAGAUCUCGACAAAUGGGGAUUGUUCCCGUGCCAAUCGCACACGUACAAAGUGUCCCGUCAGCGACAGAUCGUGCGCUCUGCCGUGACAACAGCCCGGCGCAGGCACAGGAGACGGCGGCCAACGCGGAUUCCCAGUCCCAAGCACCACCGAACGUGCCCGAAAGCUCAAGUCACCACUGCUGCACCUCCUUUGCCAACGCCGCUGCGUCUCCCAAGGGCAGACGAUUGUCGAGGACGGCCACGCCCGCCACGCUCACCGACCUCCUCACGGCGUCGGAUCCGGCUUGCGCAGCCCCGGCCUAUCACAGCAUGCUGUCAGAGCAAACGCCAGCUGAGCUACCAAGGACAAUCGCACCCAGCAAUCUGGAUACUGUUGCAGGGCAGAAGUGCGCGACCAUGUUUGAGACCCCGAGUGCAACGGAUCACGUUUCCCGUUGUUCAGGUUCUUCCGAGGACCCCUCACCGAACAUGUCCGCCGAAACGCUUCGAUGGCUUGUCACGACCGGAACUUGGGUACCGGGUUAUGCUCUCACGACAACGAGUAUCAUGAUUCAUGCCAUUUUGCCUCACAUCAGGCCAUCUAUCACGGAUAUGUCUGGCAGUAUGGCCAUUGCAAAUUUGCCUGGCGCGUCUUCUGUCGUCUGCGCUGCUGCUUGAGUGUGUGGAUCCUUGAACAGCAGUAAUGCAAUGCGAUGAACCUAUUUUACCUUCGAGUCCCUCUUUCAGUACCUUUGAACGAGCACGACGGUUGCAACAGCACGGCGUUCUCUCUCGCAGAAACAAAUUCUGUGUUUUAAUUUUGCUCGUUUCCUGACCUUUGCGGUCAGGGCUUUGUGAUAUGAGGCGAGGCGAGGCGAGGGGGCACGAUUCUGAUUUAUGGGAUCAAAAGCAAUUGAUUCAUCGGGGUCAAGGCGAGAGGGAAAGGCGACGAUACGGGUGGGAUCUGUUGAAACGGCGAACCUGGUAGGAAAGGCCGGCUUGCGAGCAUGCAACGAAUGAUGGCAGUGAAGGCACUGUCUUCUUCUGGCCUCGGAAUUUGAUGGGAGGCAUUCUCGUCGGCAAGGGGAGAUGAAAAUGUUUGAUGAUGAUUGUACAUUUUGAAGGAUGAAAUAUACCACACACACA